AUGGACCAUGCUGCAAGAAUUCUCCAAGAUUUUACGUCUCAAAGGUUGAGACUCGAACAGUUGCUUCCAAAAUUUGUCGUUGAUUGUUUUAUUAAUGGACUUGAGAAUUACUUGAGUAGUGGAAAUUGGAAUGAAUCCGAACAGGCUCUCAUUUUGGAGAAGUUAAAUUCUUUUGUUUCGUUUUUACAUGACGAAAGAAUUGCUAAAUAUCAAAUCAGAAACCUUUCAGAAUAUUAUAAAAUUAGUGAUAAAGACACACUGUGGCAUCCAUCAUCCCAUCAGCUUGAUACUUCUUCCGAUGAAAAUACUUUUACGUUAUUACCUCUUUCCGAUGAAUUGGAGAGAUUUGUUUGUGCUCACGAAUUUGUUGAAAAGUUUAAAGGAAAACAAAAGAAAAAGCAACCAACGAUCCAGGCCACUCAACACAGUACUCAAACUUCUAAUGACUCAAUUUUCAAUACGGAUGAAUAUUAUCCUCUUUAUAUGCCCAAAUUCAACACAUUUUUUAAACACAAGAAUGAAAAUUUGCAUAUUGAAAAAGGGGAUGAAGGAUUUGAAUGCUUUUCGAGUCAAGAUCAAGAUUUAUACUUUAGAGUUCAUGGUGCAGUAGAGGGAGAUCGCUUAGACCAGCAACAGCAGCAACAACUGAUUGCCGAAAGAAACAUUGCGAGAAGUAAGGCCAUGAUCUCUUCUUUUCAUUUACGUAUUCAGGAAGAUGUCAAACCAUUCAUUCAGUCCUUACUCACCAGUGGACCUCUCCAAAAGUUUUUGAAUGAGAAAUCGUUUCGCACGAGUGUGUAUGAAGCAACUUUUGGACACAUUCAAACUGAGGAAGAGGCUAUGGAUUUCUAUCGACAAUUAUGUGGAGAAGAUGAACAGUUAACAGUGACGAUGGAUAUGGCAAUUUAUGAGUUGAAACGAGUUCUUGCAAUGAAAGCUAAAAAACCUAAAAAGCUUACCUCUUCUCUGGUGAUCAACAUUCCCUUCACUUUUGAAUUCAAACAAGCAUAUUUAAUGUUUCUAAAAAUGUUGGAUUAUGAAAUUGUGUCUUCUGCUAGAAGUGCUAACUAUGAACCGAUUGAACCUAAUGAAAUUCCAACAAGAGUGAGACAAACCAAGUAUCCCACCAGAAUGACUUCACUCCUCACAACAUCGACUCACGUUCUGGAAAAUUCCAUUUCUUGGGAAUGUGUGGGCCAUUUAGCAAAGUUUUAUUUCAUCCCAUGGCUGGAUUAUGAAAAUACUCAAACUCCUUACACAUCACGAAUUGACACUCGCAAUUUGAUAUUUCCUUGGAUUUUAUUUAAUGCCAGAAUUCAGCACGAGCACUCAGCAUUGUCAUUCGUUCCACGUUCUUUACUCUACAACAUUGUUCAAAGCCACCUGCACAUGUAUCAAUCGUGUGGGUAUGACAAUGACAUUAUGAAUCGCAUUCGUGGAAUAUCUGUAAUGAAUGACACCAACAGUAUGGAUCAGCUCUAUUCUAAUUUCAGUGCCAUGCUUACAAAAUCCUCUUCACAACGCGAAAUCCAAUUCUAUGAAAAGGAAAAACGGAAAUUACUUCCUGAAAAGCCCGACACAGACGUAGAGGAUUUGCUAGAUUUACUGCAUGCAUACAAAACUAAGCUAGAAAAUAGAGCUCGCUUGUCUCAAUAUACUGCCCUCAUAAGCAAUAUGAACAAUCAUGAAUAA